AUGGCCUCAAGCCAGAGUUGGACACCGAAGCAGAACAAAAGAUUUGAGAAUGCUCUUGCGAUCUUCGACAAGGACACCCCAGAUAGGUGGCACAACCUGGCCAGGGCCGUCGGAGGAAAAUCUGUGGAAGAUGUGAAAAGGCAUUAUGAGAAGCUGGUGGAAGACGUGAAGCAGAUUGAGGAAGGCCAUGUGCCCCUUCCCAAUUAUCGAAGUGUUGCAGCUAUGGGGAGCAGCAUCAGAGGUUAUGGUUACAUUGAUGAAGAAAACAGGUUAUUAUUUAUUCAACCAUUGAUGAAGAUUCUGAGUCUCCAUUGA